AUCAUUUUAUAUAGGUUCAUAAUUACUUUCUGACCAAAGUUGACUGUAAUUAUGUGCCAUCUUUAUGUGUUUAUUUAAAUUCUUUUCCGUUUUCUGCCCAACGGUGAUCCGGAUUGGAGUUUUAUUUUUUUGCAUGAUUUUAAUCAGACCAACGUAGGGUUAUUUUCGUGCAAAUUAUUUUUUUUUCUUAUGAUAAAUUCACUAAUCAGGCACAAUUCUUCUCUUCAGCUCUUAACGCUUCCUCUAUUGCCGCCACUAUUGACGGCAUAGAACAACUCACGGGCAAUAAUUUUCCUGCUUGGAAAGCUAAGGUGACUGUUGUCCUUGGUGUUUUAGACCUGGAUUAUGCACUCAGGGUUGACGCUCCCACAGCUCCUACCGUUGGCGUGGAAAAUUAUGAUGAACUAAAGAAAACUUAUGAUACACUUUCUGAGAAGUGGGAGCGGUCCAACCGCAUGUCUCUUAUGAUAAUGAGGAACUCUAUAUCAGAUGCUAUAAGGGGAGCAAUCCCAAACUCAGAAAAAGCUAAGACGUACUUGGCAUCUGUGGAGGAGCAAUUUAAAGGCACCUCCAAGGUUUAUGCCAGUACACUGAUUCAGAAGCUCCUCAACACUAAGUAUAAUUAUGGGUCUGGUGGCAUAAGAGAACACAUCAUGAUGAUGACAGAUAUGGCUGCCAAACUCAAGGGCAUGGAUAUGGAAAUCUCUGAGGGUUUCCUUGUCCACUUCAUUAUGACCUCUCUCCCUCCUGAGUUUACUCCUUUUAAGAUAAAUUACAACACUCAGAAAGAGAAGUGGAGCAUGAGCGACUUGAUCGCAAUGUGCGUCCAAGAGGAAGAGAGGGUGAGGGCUGAAAAUAAAGAUUUUGUGAAUCAAAUAAGCAGCCCCAAGAAUAAAAGAAAAUUUCAAGGGGAUUUCAAGUCUAAGAAAAAGUUGCAUUUCGUCACUAAACACGACAAGGCAGCACAGAGGGCGCCCAAGGCAUUUGCUCCUUCUGCUCCUGCCUCUCAAGAAUCUAAAGAUGACGGAUGCCACUUCUGCCACAAGAAGGACCACUACCAAAAGGAUUGUGUUGGUUUCCUGAAGUGGCUUGCAAAGAAGGGGAUUCCUUACCGCGAGAACAUUAAGAAAGGGGGAGCGAAGUCUUAGAGUGGCCAAUGGGAAGGAAGCUCAAGUUGAAGCUAUCGGAUCCCUUCCAUUAGUUCUUAAUAGUGGCUUCACUCUUAGAUUAAAUAAUGUAGUUUAUGUUCCUUCUAUGAGGAGGAAUCUCAUUUCAGUUUCGAUGUUAGAUGAUGAUGGUUUUCAUUGUAAUUUCGGAGACAAUAAAUGUGUUCUUAAAUUUAAUUCAGAGGAUAUUGGUCUUGCCAUCCGACAAGACAAACUUUA